GAAAGAAAAAAGAGAAUAUAAUUGGUUUUUGUUUUCACUGCCAUGGAGAAAAUGGAAACACCCCACAUAGCCAUUCUGCCCAGUCCUGGGAUGGGUCACCUGAUUCCACUCGUUGAGUUCGCUAAGCGAUUUGUUCAACAACACAACUUCACUGUCACCUUUGUUAUCCCCACCGGCGUUUCUCCAACUAAAGCUCAAAGAUCAGCUCUGGAUUCCCUUCCGAGCUCUAUAGAUUAUGUUUUUCUUCCUCCUGUUAACUUGUGUGACCUGCCUGAAGACGCGAAAAUCGAAACGGUGAUUUCUUUGACGGUGGCUCGGUCUCUGUCUUUCCUUCGGGAUACUUUGAAGUUACUGGUUGUAAAGACGAAAAUCGUCGGCUUGGUGGUUGAUCUUUUCGGGACCGACGCAUUUGAUGUUGCCAGAGAAUUCAACCUCUUGCCGUACAUCUUUUUCCCGUCUACAGCCAUGGCUCUGUCUUUGUUUCUUCACCUGCCGAAGCUUGACCCGAUGGUUUCGUGCGAGUACAGGGACCUACCAGAAGUAAGAAUUCCGGGGUGUAUACCCAUUAAAGGCAAAGAAUUGUUGGACCCGGUUCAAGAUAGGAAAAAUGAUGCUUACAAAUGGGUUCUUCAUCAUGCAAAGAGGUAUAGAUUGGCCGAAGGAAUUAUGGUGAACAGUUUCGUGGACUUGGAAGGAGGAGCUUUAAAGGCUUUGCAAGAGAAAGAGCCCGGUAAGCCUCCGGUUUACCCGGUUGGUCCACUUGUUAACGUUGAUCCAAGUAAUAAAGCUGACGGGUGUGAUUGUUUAAAGUGGCUAGAUGAUCAGCCACAUGGGUCGGUUUUGUACGUCUCGUUCGGAAGCGGUGGAACCUUGUCAUCGGUCCAGCUAAACGAGUUGGCCAUGGGGUUGGAAAUGAGCGAGCAACGAUUUUUGUGGGUUGUAAGAAGCCCGAAUGAUAUAGUCGCUAAUGCCACAUUUUUCAGCGUGGAAAGCCAGAAUGACCCUUUCGAUUUUCUACCAAAGGGGUUCCUGGAGAGGACUAAAGGCAGGGGUCUACUGGUGCCAUCGUGGGCACCACAGAGUCAAGUGCUGAGCCACGGCUCGACUGGUGGGUUCUUGACCCAUUGCGGAUGGAAUUCAAUUCUGGAAAGCGUUGUUUACGGCGUGCCUUUAAUCGCAUGGCCACUCUACGCCGAACAAAAAAUGAACGCCGUGAUGCUAACCGAAGACAUCCGAGUGGCGUUGAGACCUAAAUCCGACGAAAACAGCUUAAUUUCCCGAGACGAGAUCGCGAAGACCGUCAAGGGUCUAAUGGAAGGCGAAGAAGGGAAAGGCGUUAGAAAUAGAAUGAAGGACCUGAAGGAAGCUGCCCUAAAGGCACUCUCCCAAAAUGGGUCUUCCACAAACGCACUCUCUGAGGUCGCUACAAAGUGGAGGAAUCAAACUCCCCUCUAAACCCAAUCUUAUCCUUUCUUUUUCCCUUUUUUUAAUUUCAGCCUUUAAGUUAGUGCAAUCUUAGCUUUUGUAUGUUCUAUAUGGAUUAUUUUCCCAUUCUCUUUGUAAAUGGUGCAGGCAAUAUAUGUUUAAAUGCCAGAAUUUCUUGGGAGUUUUUGUGC